AUGUACAAGGGGAAGAAACGCAACGAAGUUCCUCUUCACCUCUUCUCCACCUCCGACAACCUUAACCACGACAUGAUGAUGGUGAGGAGCCGUGGACAAUCUGGUGCCGGCAAGACUGAGAACACGAAGAAGGUCAUCCAGUACUUUGCCAAGUUGGAGCCUCUGGGAGGCUCUUUGGAGGAGCAGAUCAUUCAGGCUAACCCGGUGCUGGAGGCAUUUGGCAACACCAAGACCAUCGGUAACAACAACUCCUUACGCUUUGGAAAGUUCAUUCGUAUCCACUUUGGGUCGACAGCUAAGCUGGCUGUUGCCGAUAUGGAGACUUAUCUGUUGGAGGAAUCUAGAGUGAUUUCCCAGCAGGCCACUGAGAGAGGAUACCACAUCUUCUACAAGCUCCUUUCUGGAAAGAAGCCUGAGCUCAACGAGGCUCUGCUGCUGAGCCCGGACCCCAAACAGUAUGUGUGGGUGUGUCAGGGCGUCACUGGGGUGGACACCAUGGAGGACGGAGAGGAGCUGCUGCUCACUGAUGAGGCGUUUGAUGUCCUGGGCUUCACUCCCGAGGAGAAGAGGAGCGUGUACAAGCUGACUGGAGGCAUCAUGCACUUCAGCAACAUGAGGUUCAAACAGAAGCCCAGAGAAGAACAGGCUGAUGUGGAUUCCACUGAAGUGGCUGACAAAGUCACUCACCUCAUGGCCUUCAACUCUGGAGAGCUGCAGAAGGGCAUCACGUACUAUAUCCUCAACCCCAACGUCAUCCUGAAGGGAUUCUGGACAACAAGAAGGCCUCGGAGCUCCUCCUCAGCUCUGUUGGCCUGA